UUUGAUGAUGUGCAUGUGAAUUUCACUGAGGAGGAGUGGAAUUUGCUGAAUCCUUCCCAGAAGAGUCUCUACAAAAAUGUGAUGUUGGAAACCUACCUGAACCUCAAAGCUAUAGGCUAUAAUUGGGAAGAGCAUCAUCUUGAAGAACAUUGUCAAAAUAAUAGAAGUCAUGAAAGACAUAAAAUGACACAUACUGGAGAGAAACCUUAUGAAUGUAAUCAAUGUGGUAAAGCCUUUGCACAGCUCGGUACUCUCCAAUAUCAUAAAAGAACACAUACUGGAGAGAAACCUUAUGAAUGUAAUCAAUGUGGUAAAACCUUUGCACAGCAUAUUGCUCUCCAAAUACAUAAAAGAACACAUACUGGAGAGAAACCUUAUGAAUGUAAUCAAUGUGGUAAAGCCUUUGCAUAUCACAGUGUUCUCCAAAGACAUAAAAGAACACAUACUGGAGAGAAACCUUAUGAGUGCCAUCAAUGUGGUAAAGCCUUUACACAUUGCAGUUCUCUCCAAUAUCAUAAAAGAACGCAUACUGGAGAAAAA